CUUGGCAACAUCGGACGUGGGCAUUGGUGUGAUAUCGUUGAUCUCUUCAAUCUUCAAGUAUAGGCUACAAAUGAUGACCUGCAGGAAAACACCAAAGAGUGCCGUUAAAGAUAUCCCAAACGGGCGGUGCGCGCUGUUACUGCAUCGCGGCUGUGACUAAGCCCGACAUCGCUUCAAGCGAACGCUACGCGUGACGUUAUCGCAACUUCCAGUCUCAAAACUCCACUCCAACAUCUUCACAUGCCUCUUCAUCAACCCUCUGAAGUCGUUGAGAGGCCAUUGCCCUCAGUUCAGUACGACAAUGGACUUUUCGCUGGAUGACAUUCUAUUCACUGGCGGCGAAAAUGCUGCGCUUACACUUCCUUACGACCAGAUUGAUGAUCUAGCCCCUCAAUCGAGAAGCUCGUCGAAUUCGCUUACUGAGGGAGCGAUUAUCGACAGCACUCUACAGACGAUCAACCCUCAAGAAGCGUUUAGCUUUCAAAGCUCAGAGAUUCCGGAUUUUCAGAUUGAUUGGUAUGCCGACUUUCAGCAGGCCAAAGCAGCCUCCGAGACACCCGCAGAUGAUCUCAAUCAGGACUUUUCUUUUCUCAAUCAACCAGCCACAGAUUGGGGUAUCCCUGCGCCGUUACCAACUUCCAAUGACUCCAUUAAAACGCCCAUGACUACAAUUGAUGAAUUCUUUGUGAAGAAUGGAGCCUCUCGCCCUCCUGUGCCGUGCACGAAUUGUCGUCGAACCCGUUUGCAAUGCCUGAUCUUGCAAACUACGGUUGCAAACCCCAACCCUACCAAGAGUUGCAGUAGCUGUGUCGCCUUGUUCCGCGAAUGCAGCUUGGCAGGGCAGAAGAAGAGGAAGCCGUCAGAAUUUGAGACGUCGGAACCUGUUAUCGGUCGUCUUCAUGGGGUUAGUGAGCACAGUAUCCUAGGUGUCCCUGCGACCGUUGAUGAAGGCCAAUCAUCGCAGGGCCUUUCAGUGGCAGCUCUGUCGGGCAAAAGAGCAAAUACUCGAUCGGUGCGAAAGACGAGGGUGCUGCGAAAUUGGUAUCUUUCCAAUCUGGACCAUCCCUACCCAUCAGAGGAAGAGAAAGUCAGUCUUUCUCAACAGUCGGGAUUGAGCAGGAGUCAAGUAGUCAAUUGGUUUGCCAAUACUAGACGACGCCAUCGACUCUCCUCGACUUACUCUGCAUCGCCUGGCCGGGGUCGUCAAGGAUUUGCACCAGGAUCCCCCAUGCCGCAUUACCUCCGCAAAAACAUGUCACCCUUGGAUCGCUGGAAGAAUUCUCCGCCCGAUGAGGAGCCUGCUUCAGCGACGGCAAUCCAAAAUGCGCUGGCUGCUCAGUCGAGUGGACAUAGCUCGUUGGACAGUGAUGCGGGUGCGUCUGAUGGGCCAGGGUCAUCUGCGAGCAAUGACUCUCUCUGGCUUUCUAAUCUGCAAGAGGCCUCGUCCAACUCGGCAUCUUCUUGUUACUCAUAUCGUUCAAGGGAGGCGGCAUUCUUCUCUCGCUCUGGUAGUAGCUCAGUGGCAGAAGGACCCUCCAUAUCCAGGACUACAUCCUCAAGAUCACGAACCAAGAAGUUUGUCGCGUUUCAAUGCACAUUUUGCGGACAAAGCUUCAAGAAAAAAUACGAUUGGGUUCGCCAUGAGCGAUCAAUUCAUCUGCCGGGUCUCGAUUCAUGGAUUUGCGCAUUGCCUGUCACGCCAGAUCAAUCGUUUUUAGUCUGGCGCAUGAGUGAAGAUGGCCCGCAAUGCCUUUUCUGUGGUGAGAACUCACCCAGCGACGAGCACAUUCAAGCUCACGAAUUCGACACUUGCGCCGAGCGUCCCGUUUCAGAGCGCAAGUUCACACGCAAAGACCACCUCUGGCAACACCUACACAAGUUUCAUGGUUGUCGCAAGUGGGAUGGCUGGAAACCGGACCUGAGUCUGCUACAACACCGACAAGAUAUGAUAAGAAGCAAAUGCGGUUUCUGUCAAGUCAUGAUGGACAGCUGGGGAGAACGAACAGAUCACAUCGCUGCUCACUUCCGGUCUGGGUUGACGAUGGAGCAAUGGGUUGGAGGAUCCGGGAUCCACGACCCCGGCGAUAUGGGUACCGAAGACCGGUAGAUGAGCCGCUCUUGGAGGUGGAUACGGAUACGGGAGAUGUCACUGACCCGGCAUCGGUACGGAAGAAUGGAGGCAAUCGGGGGAACCGAUGCAGCCCUGCAUUCGACACGUGGGAACCUUGUCCUAGUGACUCCGCUGACGGCUAACGGCGGUUAAGUCCAGAAGGCCCGUAGAAGGAUUGUUCAAUUAAUUCGACAUUCGAAGCCAUUAAGCGAAAUGCCAAAACCUCGAGAACAACUUCUUCACGAACAAGAGUUCAACUCAAGUUCAGAAGACCAAUACCCAGUGACUC